CCCCUAGCUAUGCAAUGGACUUUAACUCAAUCAGGCUCUGAAACAGGAGAGAAAACACACAGAACUAAAGUGAUUCAGCACACGAUUUUCACAGUGACAAUUUUGACAUCGGGUUUGCAAUAAUGAGUGUCAAACCCCUUGUUGUGAAUGUGGACAAAUGGAUUGCAGAGAAUGAGACGGCUUUUUUGCCACCGGUGUGCAAUAAACUCAUGCAUUUGUCACAGCUGAACAUCAUGUUUGUUGGAGGUCCCAACAGCAGAAAGGACUACCACAUAGAGGAAGGGGAGGAGCUCUUUUACCAGGUGAAAGGGGACAUGUGUCUGAAGUUGGUUGAGAAUGGCAAACAUAAGGAUGUGCAUAUCCGCGAGGGAGAGAUGUUUCUGCUCCCAGCUCGGAUCGCCCACUCCCCCCAGAGACAGGCUAACACUGUGGGGCUGGUGGUGGAGAGAAGGAGGCUUCAGUCAGAGACCGACUGUUUAAGGUACUAUGUGGACAACACUUCAGAUACCCUUUUUGAGAGAUGGUUUUACUGUGAAAACUUGGGGACCCAGCUGGUGCCACUGAUUCAAGAGUUCUUUGCGUCGGAGCAGCACAGAACAGGCAAGCCAAACCCAUAUGAGGUCUUCAGACAGCCUCCCUUCCCCAUGAACACCAUGGAUGUGAUGACCCCCUUCCACUUUAGAGACUGGGUGGACAAACAGCAACCCUCACUGGCCAGUGGACGCCCCAUAGACAUGUUUGGGGCCCAGUUUGAGACGGAGACCCUUCUGUAUGGGCCCGGGCAGACAGAGGCUUGUGAACGAGAAACUGAUGUCUGGAUAUGGCAGCAGGAGGGAUCUUCCCAUGUGACUCUGGAUGGCCAAGAGUUCCCUCUAUCCACAGGAGACAGUCUACUCAUUCCUGGACACAGCCAGUACCAAUGGAGUCGGGCUGAGGGGAGCGUUUCCCUGUUUGUUGCUCAGAACCCAGAGAGAAAGCGUGCAUGACCUCUGAUGACCCCACUCUCUUCUGUGACACACAAGGAAAAAGGAGGGUCAGCAAAAGAGAUUGUAUGCUCUUUUGCUACAGAGAGCAUAAUUAUAACCCUGUCACAAAUUACGUUGAAGAAUAACUCUGCAAUGAACUCAAAGAUCAGAUAUGGAGAGGUAGAGUAAAACAGGGAGUAAAACUAUUUGUUAUUUUCAGAACAAAUUAUAAUAGAACAUCUUCACAAACGUAAUUUAAAUAAUGAACUUGAUUAAGUUGCAGUAUAUUUUCAUACUUUCGGAAUUAUUUUGAAACUGAAUUUAAUUGAAACUGAAUUGUACAUUUGUAACUCGUUUCAGGAAACUGGUUAUAUGUUGCGCAUCACUAAUUCACAGGAGAUCAAUUUGAAUGUAAACUUUUUUUAAUCAAAAUGCGUUUUUUUGGCAGAAAUAGCUUCUGGAACAUAUGAACUUUCAUGUGCCUUAAUAACAAACUUGUAUGCCAUCUGUAAAUUCUAACACAGCUUUUUUAAAAAUAUAUCCUGUAGUAGAACUGCAUAAGUGUUGCUCACCACUUUUUAGAGGACCGAGUUUUGAAAUCAGUGGAAUUAGAGUACGAUAGCUAAGGGGAUUAUAUCUUCAAACUAAGGGCAACCAUGACAUCCAUGACAGAGAGGGAGAAGCGUCCAUCCAUGUAAAUGGGUAAGAUAGUCUAGCUAGCUACAUUUUCAGAUAUUACACAUUUCAAAUUGUGUCAGAAAGUUGAUUUCAUUUCAAGUUAACUUCUUGCGGCGAGCCAUCCCGGAUCCGGGAUCGUGAAUACAGCCUCAAGCUCAUUACCAUAACGCAACGUUAACUAUUCAUGAAAAUCGCAAAUGAAAUUAAAUCAAUAUGCUAGCUCUCAAGCUUAGCCUUUUGUUAACAACACUGUCAUCUCAGAUUUUCAAAAAUAUGCUUCUCAACCAUAGCAAAACUAGCAUUUGUGUAACAGUAUUGAUAGCUAUUGAUAGCUAGCAUUAGCAUUUAGCGUUAGCAUUCAGCAGGCAACAUUUUCACAAAAACCAGAAAACCAUUCAAAUAAAAUAAUUUACCUUUGAAGAACCUCAGAUGUUUUCAAUGAGGAGACUCUCAGUUAGAUAGCAAAUGUUCCGUUUUUCCUGAAAGAUUAUUUGUUUAGGAGAAAUCACUCCAUUUUGUGCGUCACGUUUAGCUACUUAAAAAACCUGUAUCCAGGAUUGUGUAAAUCUAUCCGCAAGCUCAUUAGCAUAACACAACGUUAACUAUUCAUGAAAAUCGCAAAUGAAAUUAAAUCAAUAUGCUAGCUCUCAAGCUUAGCCUUUUGUUAACAACACUGUCAUCUCAGAUUUUCAAAAAUAUGCUUCUCAACCAUAGCAAAACUAGCAUUUAGCAUUUAGCGUUAGCAUUUAGCGUUAGCAUUAGCAGGGAACAUUUUCACAAAAACCAGAAAAACAUUCAAAUAAAUCAUUUACCUUUGAAGAAGUUCGGACGUUUUCAAUGAGGAGACUCUCAGUUAGAUAGCAAAUGUUCAGUUUUCCUGAAACAUUAUUUGUGCAGGAGAAAUCGGUCCGUUUUCUGCGUCAUGUUUGGCUACCAAAAAACCCCGAAAAUUCAGUUAUAAAAACGCCUAACUUUUUCCAAAAUAACUCCAUAAUAUCGACUGAAACAUGGCAAACGUUGUUUAGAAUCAAUCCUCAAGGUGUUUUUCUACAUAUCUCUUCAAAGAUAUAUCGUUCGUGGAAGUGUGCUUCUCCCUCUGAAUCGCAUGUGAAAAUGAUUGCAGCUGAGAAUUACGCACAAAUUUAGACAAAGGACACCGGGCGGACCCCUGGCAAAUGUAGUCUCUUAUGGCCAAUCUUCCAAUGAUAUGCCUACAAAUACGUCACAAUGCUGCAGACAUCUUGGACGAACGGCAGAGAGCAUAAGGUCGUUCACGGCACAUUCACAGCCAUAUAAGGAGACGAUAGAAAAACAGAGCUUCAAAAAUUCUGCUCAUUUCCUGUUUGAGGUUUCAUCUUGGUUUCGCCUGUAGCAUGAGUUCCGUGGCACUCACAGAUAAUAUCUUUGCAGUUUUGAAAACGUCAGAGUGUUUUCUUUCCAAAGCUGCCAAUUAUAUGCAUAGUCGAGCAUCUUUUCGUGACAAAAUAUUGCGCUUAAAACGGGCACGUUUUUUUAUCCAAUAAUGAAAUAGCGCCCCAAUAGCUUCAACUGGUUAAAGUGUAGUGUUAUCUAGCCUGCUAACCUUAGCUGUCUCGCUCGCUAGUUAACGUUACGUGUAUGAUAUGUGUAAUAAUAUUAUUAGUAUCUCAGAGACAUUUGCUUUGCUAGUUAUAGGCUAAAGGUAGCUAGCUAACAUUGAACCUGAUUCAUGCACGGUAGAAACGUCAUGAGUUGGUAUUAUGGUUCAUUGUUUAGCUAGAUAGCUACAUUUCUUAACAAAAUACUCCACUCUGCAAGUAAUCAUUUCAAAAUAAUGUUUGUUCCAGCUGUCACUGUGACAACUGAUGAUAGACGUAGCUGGUAAAUUCUCCCUGGCUAUCUACUCCGAUUUCAGAGCGCUCUCUUCUGAUUGUGACAGAGUGCACAAUAACUGACAAAUUUACACCUGCUGAAGAUGGCGCCGGAGGGGAUGGCUGACAUUUUUUUGCAUUGUUUUUAGCUUAUUUUGUAAAUAAGGUUGCUGCUACCGUGUCUUCUGACCGAAAAGAGCUUCUGGACAUUAGAACAGCGAUUAAUCACCUUGAACUGGAUGAAGAAUUUUUCUUUAACGAGUCAGACGAGAGGGAUUUACUCCAGACACACCGGAACAAGCCCUCUUCCCCGUCAUUCGCAGGAGAAGGAGACAGACGUAUCGCAGAAGGUGAUCGGGGUGCCUUGUGAGGGCAGGCACGAGUGGCUAAUCUGCCUUGCCGUAGGUACUAUUGGCCAACGUACAAUCACUGGACAAUAAAGUGGACGAACCACAAGCAUGUAUAUCCUACCAACGGGACAAUUAAAAACUGUAAUAUCUUAUGUUUCACCGAGUCUUGGCUGAACGACGACAUGAAUAACAUACAGCUGGCGGGUUACACAUUGUAUCGGUAAGAUUGAACAGCAGCCUCUGGUAAUACAAGGGGUGGCGGUCUAUAUAUAUUUGUAAAUUACAGCUGGUGCUACAGUUGGCGCUGGGCCAACAGCCUGGCAUGCUGGCCCUCCAUGAAGAAGAUGGCCAAGUCAUAGAUGGGGUAGGUCCAAAGGCUGGUGUGUCCUGCCAGCCUCCUGUCCUAAGUCUUCCACCAGUCACAUAAAGCGGUACAGCCCAUCUCACACAGGCAUCCGUGCAGGGCGUAAACAUAGAGGCGGGAUUGAGGGGACAGGGGAUGAUGGGUUAACUCUCAUCAGCCUCUGUCACAAGAGGACAAGAUUAACACUCGUCGCACACCAUCAAAAAUGUUAUCACCUGUCCAGACCAUUCAAAGGACAGUACAGUCAAUGAUGUGUGAUAAGUGCACAGAGUCAACUCAAAUCAGGAACACCUUCCAUGAUGCCAUCUAUCCGAGAACAACAGCAAAGGACCAUGUGAAGAUGCUGGAGGAAACAGGUACAAAAGUAUCUAUAUCCACAGUAAAACGAGUCCUAUAUCGACAUAACCAGCAAGGCCACUCAGCAAGGAAGAAGCCACUGCUCCAAAACCGCCAUAAAAAAAGCCAGACUACGGUUUGCAACUGCACAUGGGGACAAAGAUUGUACUUUUUGGAGAAAUGUCCUCCAGUCUGAUGAAACAAAAUUAGAACUGUUUGGUCAUAAUGACCAUCAUUAUGUUUGGAGGAGAAAGGGGAGGCUUGCAAGCCGGAAAUCAACAUCCCAACCGUGAAGAAUGGGGUUGGCAGCAUCAUGUUGUGUAGGUGCUUUGCUGCAGGAGGGACUGGUGCACUUCACAAAAUAGAUGGCAUCAUGAGAGAGGAAAAUGAUGUGUAUAUAUUGAAGCAACAUUUCAAGACAUCAGUCAGGAAGUUAAAGAUUCGUCCCAAAUGGGUCUUCCAAAUGGACAAUGACCCAAAGCAUACUUCCAAAGUCGUGGCAAAAUGGCUUAAGGACAACAAAGUCAAGGUAUUGGAGUGGCCAUCACAAGGCCCUGAACACAAUCCUAUAGAAAAUUUGUGGGCAGAACUGAACAAGCGUGUGUGAGCAAGGAGGCCUACAAACCUGACUCAGUUACACCAGCUCUGUCAGGAGGAAUGGGCCAACAUUCUCUAAACUUAUUGUGGGAAGCUUGUGGAAGGCUACCCGAAACAUUUGACCCAAGUUAAACAAUUUAAAGGCAAUGCUACCAAAUACUAAUUGAGUGUAUGCAAACUUCUGACCCACUGGGAAUGUGAUGAAAAAAAUAAAAGCUGAAAUAAAUAAUUCUCUCUACUGUUAUUCUGACAUUUCACAUUCUUAAAAUAAAGUGGUGAUCCUAACUGACCUAAGACAGGAAAUGUUUACUAGGAUUAAAUGUCAGGAAUUGUGAAAAACUGAGUUUAAAUGUAUUUGGCUGAGGUGUACGUAAACUUCCGACUUCAACUGUAUGUCUCUCUAUUAUGCGAAUAUUUGUGAACUGAUUUCCAAAAUUAAAAUAAAUUGUGUCUGA